AUGACGCGCGCCGGCUUUGAAAUCACGGACGAGUUACCGCCCCCGAUGCCGAUCAAGCUUCUCGCCAAGGGCGAGGCCAAGAAGAAGCUGUCCUUGACGGACUAUCAAAAUAGGAAGAAGUCAGCGUCGCCAGUGGAGAAUGGAACGCUAGGGAGGACGGAAACAAAGACGAACGGCACGGUCCACGCGAAACCCUUACCACCAAAGGAUGACGUCAGGCGGGAUGGUAGCGUGAAGGUUGCUGAGAAAACGAAUGCGUCACGCCAGGCUGACGCGCGGUCAGAAAAGCCACGGCCAGAGACGAACGGGGACAGAAGCAAAACUUCACAGGCGAAAUCGCAACCUGAACCCGAAACCCGUAAGCGGGCGGCGGAGUCGGGCGGGGAUCCGCCUCUUCAGAAACGAGUCAAGGGCGAAGCUAUCAUGGCGAAAACAGACCAGCCGCGACAACCCAAGCCGGGGACGCCACGGGGCCGGGAAGCGACGGAGAGACCAUCAAGAGAUGCAAAGACCGACACAUUACACCCUACCCACAACGGCAUGCCACCCUCGUCCUCUGACCGAGACCGAGAGAAUACAUCAUCCCCGAGGUCGACAAUUCAGGUUAAUGGGUCAAGGCCACGGUCGAAUAGUGGGACGCCGACGCCCCGGAAACCGGAGCCCAUGACAAAACCAGCGUUACCACGACUCCUAUCGCCCCUGCCUCCGUCUUUAUUUGACGACGACGCCGGGAAAGACGUCACGCCGAAGAAGAAAUCGGCGGCGAAGGCAUCGAAGCCAGAGAAGGAGAAAAUAAAGCGGCCACCUAAGAAGAUACCGCCACUACUCUCUCCCACGUUGCCCCCAGUCAUCGAGGAGAUUCUUGCUGUCCAAGACCGAAAGCAGACCGCUUCAAAGGGAGUGUCUAGCCAAUCGUCUAACCAGUCUUCCGACUCAUCAGGCGGCGCAAGAAAGACCAUAGUGGCUGCCCCCCCUGGAUCCUUGGCAGAAGAGGAGGAGGUGAAGCCCGCCCGGCUCUCUAAGAUCGUCACCCUCAAGUUCAGGAACAAGGCGAAUGCAAAACGGGCCAAGGAACUCCUCGGCCUCCCAUCUAAGUCAGCAAAGGAUGCACUCAAGAAGGAGCGCUCCGAAAGCGCAGAAGCCGCCCCUCCGCCCUCUAAGAAGCGGCCACGGCCGGCAGAUGACGUUCCACAAGAGACCACCGCCACCAAACGACCCAAGAUGACCGCAGAUGCCAUCACGGCAAAACCACCCGGACCGACUACUCCGCUUAAACACACGGCAACAUCUAUGUCCCGGGUGACGUCAAGUCAAUCCCAGGGCCAGAUACAAACCCCUGCCGCCACAACCGGCCUGACCCCAGGCACCUCGGACAACAGGCCUCCGACCCGCUCAGAGCCUCUUGACCCCAAGACGAUCGCCCAAGCCGAGUCUUUCAAGGAAAGAAACAUCGAGUACACGCGGCUCGGCAGCAAGCUCAAGCACGCGCGCGACGACCUCCUGCGUGACCGCGGCGCCGCCCUGGCGGCGGCCGACGAGCGGCGCGUCAUGGCCCUGCACUUCGAGAUGGUGCUCGCGUACAUGGUGGCGUUCGACUCGCUCAACCAGUCGCGCAUGCUCGAGCGCAAGGUGUGGGAGGUCUCGGCGUGGGAGUCGCUGCUGCCGCACCUGACCGAGCUGCGGGGCCGCGUGCAGAACAACAAGGCGCUGCGGGCGCUCGCCGUCCAGAUGCACGCGCUGGGCCUGGAGCAGAUCACCAACGCCUUCGCGACCCUGGACCCGGGCGCCGCCGCCGCCACGUUCGCCCGCUGGGGCAAGCACAACCGCGCCCGCACGUCCAUGUGGGCGGAAGCGGUCGCCAUGUGGGAGCGGGUGGACGACGCGCGGAUGAGGGUGGCCAUGGGGCCGUGGACGACGGUGAAUGAUGCCGUUGCGGCCGUGUUGGGGGUUAUGAAGCGGUGGGCUGAAAGGGAAGGGGUGAGGUGGCACCCAGAGGUCACUAUUAAGGGGGAGGUGGGCCGUGAGGGUGAUCGCGAGAGUGACCCGUAUAGGGAGGGAGAUAAAGAUCGCGACAGAGACCGAGACAGAGACCGAGACAGGGAUCGAGGCAGGGAUCGGGGCAGAGAGCGAGAAAGGGAGCGGGAGCGGGAGAGACCCAGGCCCUCGCUCAACCACGGGUCGAGGUACUAG